AUGGCCGGAUACAACAACCGUCCGUUGAGUUUUUCCGAACGGAGGGGGAGCAUGCUUAGCGACGACAUGACGCUCAACACCGGAGGAAUGUCUAGCAGUUCGACGAGAUUGGAGAAGAUGCCCGCGCGGCCUGGCCACAUGCGAGGCCCUCCGACGCCUAGCAUGACGACGCCUGCUGCCGACUUUGACCAACAAUUGACUGCUUCGCCGCCACCACCUCCAACUCCGGCAGCUUCUCCAGGCCCGUCCCACCACGAGCUUGACUGGAGUCAUGCUGCAGAUGAUGAGGAUUUCUUCCUGGCUAAAGUUCGCCAUCACUUCAAGAACUCUGGUGGUCCGCACCGAACCAGACUUCUCGCAGAUCUUUUAAAUCUUUGCACAAGCCAACAGCUGAGCUUCGUCCACCAAUUCGUCAGCCCGCUGCUCAAGAAGGAUCCUUUCACAAGUCUCCCAGAUGAGCUGUGUCUACGCAUUCUCUCAUUCAUUGAUGAUCCGAAAGUCUUGGCUCGUGCGUCGCAAGUAUCAAGGAGAUGGCGCGACUUGCUGAGCGACGACAUGACGUGGAAGAACCUGUGUGUGAAGCAUGACUACGGCAGACGUCUUUCGGAGGUUUCUGUUCCUAUGGGCAGCGCGUCGCGGCCUGGCGCUCAACCUCUUUGGGGUGACAACGAGUAUGCCAGCAGCAGCUUCCCGGGUGCUCUGCCUAUGACGGCACAUGCCUCUGGCUCACGCAGUCUCGAUGGCUCAAAUACACGGCCCAAAAUGAGAUCAUACAAGUCGCACUUCAAGCAACGGUACCUUGUUGAGGCAGCCUGGAGAUCUGGCGGCACCAGCACAACCAGGAAUAUUACUCAAGAAGGAGGUGUUGUUACAAGCCUACACUUGACGCCCAAGUACAUCAUCGUGGCCCUUGACAACGCCAAGAUUCACGUUUUUGACACAAAGGGCAACGCCCAACGUACCUUGCAAGGUCAUGUCAUGGGCGUUUGGGCGAUGGUGCCCUGGGAGGACAUUCUGGUUAGCGGUGGAUGUGACCGUGAUGUGCGCGUAUGGAACUUGGCAACUGGCGCCUGCCUCCAUACUCUUCGGGGUCACACGUCAACUGUGCGCUGUUUGAAAAUGUCUGACGCUAACACGGCGAUAUCGGGCUCGCGCGAUACGACGCUUCGAGUGUGGGAUAUUCGAACCGGGUUGUGCAGAAAUGUCCUCGUUGGCCACGGCGCCAGCGUCCGAUGCUUGGAGAUCAAGGGAGACAUCGUUGUGUCAGGCAGCUACGACACCAUGGCCAAGGUCUGGAGCAUAUCGGAGGGCAGAUGCAUUCAAACACUUCAGGGUCACUUCAGUCAGAUCUAUGCCAUUGCCUUCGACGGCAAGAGGGUGGUUACCGGCAGCUUGGACACCAACGUUCGGAUUUGGGACCCUAGAACUGCUGAAUGCUUGGCCAUUCUGCAGGGCCACACAUCUCUUGUCGGACAAUUGCAAAUGCGCGGAGACACUUUGGUAACUGGCGGCUCUGACGGAUCUGUACGUGUGUGGUCUUUGGAGAAGAUGUGUCCCAUUCAUCGACUCGCUGCGCACGAUAACAGCGUGACCAGCUUGCAGUUCGAUGACACGCGCGUUGUCAGUGGCGGCAGUGACGGCAGAGUAAAGAUUUGGGACCUCAAGACUGGUCACCUGGUCAGAGAGCUCAUCGCCCAAGGGGAGGCUGUUUGGCGAGUGGCUUUCGAAGACGAGAAGUGUGUUGCGCUGGCUCUGAGACAGAACCGAACCGUAAUGGAGGUGUGGUCUUUCUCUCCACCCGAGGACGUGCUGUACGACCGUCCGCUCUCCCUUCAGCAACGCGUUUUGCAAGAAACUCCGAAUCGACCAAUGAGCGCCAUGCAACUCGAUUUUAGACAACAGCAGCCGACUGUCGCCGGCCCAAGCCGGGAAGCCGCGGGAAGCCAGGAUGUAGAUAUGAGGGACGCCGGUCCUUCUACCGCCCCUCUUCAAGGCGGUAACAAGACGUUUUUCCAUGACGACUAG